UUUGAGUGCUAAUAUUUAGAUUUUUUUUUUGAAAUGAAAGAAAAAAAAAGUACAGGUUAAAGAAAGCCAUUCUGCAGGGCUUUGUGAAAUAGUCUGAGAUAAAUUAUGCACAUCCACUGGCUUUUGAUAUCCAUCCCACAGGGCUUUUUCUCUUUUCAUUAAAGCUCUAUUUUCUCCAACUAUGCAUCCUUCUUUAGAGAAAAUGACGGGGGAAAAUCCUUUAGUUCAAAUCAGUGCAAGAUUAAAUAGGCUAUUGUGUGUGUGUGCUUUUUUUCUGAUGGCUGCUCACUGGCUGAGGGCUGUAAUAUUUUACACCAGCUUAAUUUGAUAAGCCCAAUGUGUUGAAGUGGCACUUAGAUCUCAUCGCCUUGAAAAAAAGACUGACAAGAGCUCAAAUCAAUACAAUCACAAUUGCACUGACAUCAUUGCACAGCAAGACCAACCAAAAGGAUCUGAGAGUCUGAAGCAGGUGGACUCUCACAUCUGUGUCUCUGUCUCUCUGUUGGACCGGAACCGCUGAGCUGGAGAAGUAUAUGCCAAAUGCAAUACGACUUCAGGGACUGAAUAUAUUGUAGAGGGCAUGAAAAAUGUACUGUUCAUAUAGACUGCCCAACCGUAAAAUAUUCACACACACACACACGCGCGCAUGUUUGGGGACUUACGGUACUUCAACUCUAACUUCCUAACCCACAAAUCAUUUGAUGGUGAAUGCAUCUAUAUAGGGGAAACAAAUUGGAGGCACUAUUGUCCUCAGUUGAGAUGUUGUGCUCAACCUAGUGGAAUAUCUCAGACACAAACAGAGACAUUCAUAAACACCUCCACAUGCAAAGUGGCACUGCUUUCUAAAUCAUAAUGAAUAACUUAAUUCAUAAUUAAUGACGUUGGACUUCAUUGACUGGACAGCUCUCACAUCUGUGACAGAGGCAUCUUGUUUAAACUCUUUGUCGCCUCUACUGUAGCUCAGUUGCAUGUAGCGGCGCACUUCAUACAGUACGCACUUGCAGCGCGCCACGAUCCCGCCAUCAGGUAAGAAAAAACGGGGUUUUAAUAACGGAAAGACAAGGAACUCAUCCAUUUUAGAAGAGUCUUUAAUGAACUCAGACCGCUAAGAGACACUCCUCCUGCUCUUGGCUCCCGCUGCUCCGCUCCCGUACCUAGUCGAUGCGCGGGAUGAAAUUCAUAGCCCCCAUCUUUAUAAUCAGUAUCAGCAUCGCCUCGAAGACAAAGAGAACACAGCAAAUGAAAACGCGCUCCAGUAGCAGGAGAAGCCAGUCUUAAAGUCACUAAUACCGCUGCCGUGCCCGCCCGGAGGCAGACAGGCACCGGUCCUUGGAGACUCUGCGGGGGAUGCGCAAAGAUGUGAGAGUAAAGAAGGAGAGGCGUUGUGAUUGGCCGCACUCUUCCUGAAAGCAUCAGGCACGGCGAGUCAUGUUUGCUCCAGCCAGAGCAUCACCGAGGUGGCAUCAAACUUGAAGGAGAAGACUCUGUGUUCUCAGUCUGCACAGCCGAUGCGUUCACAGCGCCGACCGUAAACUUGCAUCAUUUCUCCAAAGAGGCGGUGGUGCUGAAACAGAGAGAGUGAGGGAGAGAGGGAGAGAGUGAGAGAGCGAAAGAGAGAGAGACUUGGCUGAUCAACUAGUGAAGAAGCAGGAAGACGCUCUGCACUUCUACACCUGCUCCUGAGCUUCAUGGUAUUUGGGGAGCCCCGUUAAGAACUUAUUGCAUUAGCAUCUGACUGUGCCACAUCAUGCUGUGGAUGAAGUGGAAGAUGGUGGUGGACUCCCUGCGUGGACGGAGAAGGAGGCUGCCCUGUUCCCUCUGGUUCCUCCUGCUGUUCGCUGCUGGAGGUCUGGUUCUCUUCAUCCACCAGCAGGAUCUGUCAGAGAUGGUCCAGCAACAAGGCCCAGGCGUGAAGCUUGGAAGCACUCCACGGCAGUCCAGAGAGACUCUCUCUACUCAGGACAGAGAGAGAGGCAAAUCUGACAAUUACGUGGACCACCAGGUAGCAGAGGGCAUCUUGUCCAGCCCGAUCCCUCCAAUGCAGUUCCCACACUUUGAGAAGAGUAGACAGACAGCCACCCCUGGGUCUCGGGAGCAGGACAUAGGCUCCCUUCAUGUCUCCAAAAGACACCGCAAACUUCUGAAAACAAGUCCCCCGAUCAGUCACACCAACAAUAAUGUUUCCUCAUCCUCUUCUCCCGCUUCAUCCUCUGUUUCCUUGUCCUCCUCCUCCGCCUCAGGCUCUUUCUCCCCUGAGAGCUGGAAAAAGCUUUCUGAUAUCCUGGAAGCCCGCCGGCAACUGAUGAAGGAGAUGUGUGCUAAGUACAAAAGCAGCAUCUCCAGGACCAUCACACGUCAUCACGUGAAACACCUCUUUGUGGAGGACAAGUAUAAGUUGUUGUACUGCCAGGUGCCCAAAGCGGGUUGUUCCAACUGGAAGAGGACCCUGAUGGUGCUGGCGGGCCAGGCCUCCAACACUCAGAGCAUUAAACAUGACACAGUCCACUACGGCCACCAUCUCAAGAAGCUUGACAGUUUUGACCGACAGGGAAUCAUGCACCGAUUGGAAACCUACACCAAAGUCAUGUUUGUCCGAGAACCCUUGGAGAGGAUGGUGUCGGCUUACAGGGACAAGUUUGAGAAUCCAAACAACUACUACCACUCACUGUUUGGGAAACCCAUCAUCUCCAAGUACAGGGUGAAUCCGUCCUGGACAGCCCUGAAGACAGGCAGUGGGGUCACAUUCAAGGAGUUUGUCCAGUACCUUCUCGAUGUCCACCGGCCCGUAGGAAUGGACAUCCACUGGGAGCAGGCGAACCAGCUCUGUAACCCUUGUCUCAUAGACUACGACUUCAUAGGCAAGUUUGAGAACAUGGAAGAAGAGUCCAACUUUCUCCUGCGAUGGACUGGGGCACCGCCCAACCUCACGCUGCCUAGUUUUAAAGAUAGGAACCCAACUGACAAGAGGACCUCUAUGCAGCUCACACAAAAAUACUUCUCACAGGUCAGUACGCUGGAGAGACAGCGAGUCUAUGACUUCUACUACAUGGACUAUCUGAUGUUUAACUACUCCAAGCCUUUUAAAGAUUUAUAUUGACUGACUCCUUUCAAGACUCUUGAACCACAGUUACAUUCCACUACGUCUACAUCUCUACCAUGAUAGUAAUCUUAACAUAAAGUAGCUCACUCACCUGCUCACAUGGAUCUUUGCAGAGCUCAGAGAGACCAAACUUCCUCUGACUUUUGCAAAAGCUUUUUAUGAAUUCAUUUCUACCAGAUAAUCUUCAUUUUUAGACAACUAUGAGAUGAAAAGGUUCAUGUGAUGUCACAUUAAAUACUCUAAAUUGUCCUGAAAAGGUAUUUAUUCACUACUAGCACAUGGUGAGUUUAGAAUUUUAAAGAUAUAAAUGUUAUAUUUCUAAUGAAAAUAUAAAGUUUAUCGUUGUUCAACAGGCUUUAAAUUAUGCUUAACUGUGAGUCAAAUAACAUUUGCAAAUGUGUUUUAUGGUUUAAUUCAACAUAGGUUCCAAUCACACUCCUAAAUUCAGAUGUAAUUUCAGUAUAUAGUAUGUUAUGUAAGCCCUUACCAUGUAGCCUCCCACAACAUACCACAACACGUGGUAUGGAUACUCUAAUAUAGGUUCUUCAGUUGAUUGACCCCAAAUGAGGAUCACCAACCCUAGUCAGCCUCAACCACCCUGCUGCACUUUUAAAAACUUUUUGUCCUUUUGUUCUUUAUUUGAAAUAUUUGCAUUUACUAUUUGACUUACAGCAAGUAAGGCAUCAGUAUACCUCUAUGUAUUAAAGCAUACUAAUACAGAUAUUUCAUGUAAAUCAAUUUACUAAACAUAAAGUGUAACAAAACGAAACAAUAUAAAUAGUAGAAAUCUUGAAAAUGUGUCAAGUGCUGCCCACUUGGAAGCUGUGUGCACUUAUUGUAGCAUUUUUGUAAUUCUAACUCUGUUGGUUAGGUUUGUGCUUUAGUCUAACACAUACACUGCUGUAGGUUCCCCCAUCACUAGAGGUAUUUACUUGAAUCGUUGAAUACAGAACAUCCAGGUGUUCGCAGGGUACAAAGUUGUUGCUGCCAGUAUCUCUUAAUGCCUGUUAAUGUUGCACACUUACUAAUCAUUCAGUUCCUGUUGUGAGGAUUGACAACCAAAUUGCAAAAAAAGAAAAAUCAGGCAAAAAAAACCCACAAUAUAAAAGCUAUUGGACGUUUCAUCAGGGAUGAGAGAAGGAAGAGAGUGUACUCAAAUGUCUCCAUGUAUCAUACCAAACACCCCCUGAACAGCUAUCACUUACAGAUCUCACACUGUCAGUAACUCCAUACCCUCUGUAUGUAUCACAUCUCUUCUACUCCACUAUAUAGGCUUUUUUUCUGACACUACUGUGUACAAUUGUAUAAUGGGCAUUCAGAUGACUAUAUAUUUUUCUAUGUAUUUCUAAAAUAUAUAUAUUCAGUGCUUCUUAGUGAAGGUAUGUUUAAUUUCCUUUUUGAUGUCAUUGAUUGUUCUUUCAAUAAUACCAGUGUAGAGUGUCGUGUAACUGAAGAGUUUCUUUCCAAAACAAAAUAUCCACCAGCUAAAAACCCAGAGUCUCAAGAAACUUAAGUUGAGUGACAAAAUUAGCACUACCAUUUAAAGUGCAGAAGAUAACUAAGUCUGACUGAUGAACAGAAACCACUGGGUGCUUUGGUGGUAGUGAAUGAUUUUUUUUUUUCAAAUCAAAAUGGAUAUAUAACAUUUUGGAAAAUAGCUCUUUAAUUACUUAUCCCUGUUCUGUUUGGUCUCUCAAUAGAAUAGUAGACCUUGUACAGAUGAGCUGCAUUCCACCUAGUUACUCAUCCUGGCUAAUGACAUCUUUACCCAUAGCUACUCCACUAUGUGCGUCUGUGUGUGUGUGUGUGUGUGUGUAUGUGUGUAUGUGCGAUACUGAAUAAGCUGUUUAGAUGUUUUACAAUCUUUCUUUCCGCAUCUUCUGGAAGACAAUGCUAAAACAUACACUUUGCAGGUAUAGUAUCCUGUUUGUAAUGUUGGUAGACUUGUGUAUUCCCAACACGCUACCCAGCUUUUUUCUUUAGUAAAACCCGAUGCAGGUCAAACCGCAGAAUAGUGUGCGCUGGAAAAUGCACGGAGACGUGACUGGCAAUUCUUAGAUACUGAUCAUUGAAACUCAAACACUGAACACUGUUAAAUUAGGCAUCUAUUACAACCCUUAAUGAGAUUAAACUUGUCUAAGAUCCCAUUAAAUAUGAUUUAAUAAGAGGUAAAAAGAAACACAACCAUUCAGCAGAUUAAUUACAGUAUGUACUGUAAAUCUUCAAGACCUCAGCCAAGGUUUCUCCAAAUGAGAGUUAAAUUUAAAUCUUCUUGGGUCACAGUUUAAGCUUUAUGCACAGGGAGUGCAAUGAAGAAAUGAUUAAAUAUGAUGAUUAUGAUGCCAAAAUAACGAACAGAAAUACCUUGAAUCCACAGAAUACUAGGUAAGAUCUACACAAGGUAACACAUCUAGCUACAAUCAAAGUGGGUAACAGUAUAUUUUUUAUAAGAACAUGAUGCAAAGAUGAACUUGAUCGAUUGUGUUGCUGGUGGUAUCCUAUAAAGUAGCAGUCCCUAUUCAGCGAUACACUUUGCAGCUCACUGAAAAUGUGUUUUAUGUAACAAAAUAUUUCAUAUUAUUUAAAUCUAUACACACUAUACUCAACUUUUGAAGACUUUUAAGAAUUUUGGUGGUAUUACCCUUUCACAGUGAUGGUAAUUGUAUGAACUUUUGUCAGUAUAGUGUGUUGGCUUUUGCAAUUCCAAAAUCUAAUCUUUGUUUAGGUUGUGGUCAGAUUCUUUGUAGGUAUAGCAAAUAUCUGCCCAGAACAGCUAUUGCAUUUUAAUGAGUACGACUCUUGCAAAUUCUCUGUCAGUCCCUGCACCCCCGGCUAAUAAAGCUUUCUUGGAAUGUGGGUGUAUGGACAGAUUUAUCAAAAGCAUAAUUACAGUAACAAGUGAAUGUAUAACUGUUAAACGUUGGUGCAAAAGUGUAUAAAACAUGAUCUUAAGCCCUUUGCCUUAUUUUACACUGCCAAUCAAAUGGUGUAUUUCAGGAAGACAUUCUUCAGGUGGUUAUUAUUUCUGGCUGGUGAGUGUCUACUAAUAAAUUGUCUUUAGCAUUUUCAA